GGGAGACAAUGUGUGUGAUUACGGUAAUUUGGAAUGAGCUUGUUUCCGGGAACUACGACAGUUGAAAUUCCUCCCCCUCGGACUCAACUAAACUCUACUCGACUGGAAUCGAAUUCCACUGAUUUUGAAUCCGCACCUAUAGGCAGGCGGGAUGUCGGUGACCAUAACCAAGGCGGCCGGGGUCACGAUGCUGACUCUGACCUCCGACCCCAAAAGUAGCUGCCCCCCACUGUGCCAGAUUCUGGGGGGCUUGUGCUACAGCCCCGUUUGCUGCUCGGUGUCCCGUCACUUGAGGGGCAUCGUGGGGACCGCUCAGUCAGUUUUGGGGGCGCUGCACAUCAUGGUGGGUCUGCUCAACAUCGGCCUGGGGGCCAUCCUCAUGAGCAGUGGAGGUGCUUCCGGUUGGCAAAUGGACGUAACGGGCUUUCCUCACUGGUUAGGAGCACUGUUCAUUCUCUUCGGUAUCAUCUGCAUUUUGUCCGAGAAGUUCCCGAGCCCGUGUCUGGUGUUGGUCAACGUCAUUCUGAACUUCUCAGGAAUCGCCUUCGCCAUCACCGGCAUCGCCCUUUACUCCGAGAACUUGGCCGGCGUCUACCUGUGGAGUGUGUGUAGGGAUGACGAUGACUAUUAUUACAGCAGAAACCGUCCCACCCUAAGUCCUGCCGGGUUGGAGUACCAGUCCCGCUGCUUUGUGGGAAAAGACCUGAUUAUGAAUCUGGUGCGAGGCAUCCACAGCGUGGCCAUCGUACUGUGCGUCCUGGAACUCUGCCUGGUCGUCAGCUCCUUCGUACUGGCCAUCAAAUCUUUGCGCCGAAACGGACACGACGACGACGGACAGCAGCAGAGUCCUGACCAGCCGGACAGUGUAUACAAGCCGCUCCUGAACGAAGGCGUGGAGGCCUAAAUAUUCCCUCACUUCCUUCUCCAAUUGCACCUUAUAUGCUCUUUUGCAUCUUGAAUUUAUAUCAAACUCCAAAAAAAGUUAUUUUCCAUUUGAUUACAUUUGAUUUAUUAUUGUGUUCAUGUUACAUUUUGGUAUAAGUAAUCACUGAUUGUGUUUUUUGUUUUUUUUACAAUGCUAUCACUUCAUCUUGUCAAGACAUGGUAACAAAUAAAAUCUUUUUUUCUCUCUGUUUUAGUAAAAAAUAAUGUUUACUGUUAUUUUGUUUUAUAAUGUAUGACAAUAUGUACUGUUGUUUAUAUUUAAUCUUAAAUAUAAACACAAAUAUUCAAAAAUAACAAAAAUCAUCUGGACUUUGAAUUCCUAUUGUCUUCCUGUUUUAAAAAUACUGAAAAGAAUUGCACAAAUACAGUGACACUCUUCUUAUGGAUU